ACGCAUUCUCCUGAAGAUGUGCACGAAACUCGAAAGCUAGGGUUUUUAUCCCUGCUCUCUCUCUCUCUCUCUCUUCAAAUCCAUCGCCAUUGCCCUCCAUUGAUGUGCUUCUCAUCUCAUUCUCUCGACCCUUUGAUGUUUGUCUACUGAUUCCUGAUGGGUUUCGAUUGCUGGUGUUGUGGUUGAAGGUGAAGUUCAAGAUGGAGAGUUUUGAGGGGGUGAAGCUCAAUGGCGGAGAGCAUUCUCAGGUUUCUUCUCGAGAGGGAUUGAUUACUUACAAGAGGAAGCGUUCCAGGCCGACGGCGCUGAGUCUGGGUGACAAUGCUAGUGGUUUGGCUGAGGAAAAGGUUUUAUGCAUGCUGAAGCGCAAAAGGAAAAGCAAAGACAUUGGAUGGGAGCACGGAGUGAUGAUUGGUGGAAAUAGGUUCCAUUGGCAGUGUAAGUGGUGUGGCGUGAGUAGAAAUAGUGGUGGUGUAUCUAGGCUUAAGAAGCACAUUGCCGGUGCUGGUGACACCAUCAAGUGCAUGAAGGUGCCAGAGAAUAUUGCAAAGGCAAUGAAGGCACAUCUACUGGAUAAGGGAAUGCUGAAAAGGCAGACACGAUUUAGACGGAAUGGUGCUAAUAGAAACAGUUCUGGUUUUUCUCUAUCUGAAGACUCGGGUGAUGAGAAUCCAGGCCCAUCUGAAAUGGAUGUGCAGGCAAGGAGUGACCCUCAACUGUCUUGUGGAGCCGCUCAAAGGUCUGUCCCUGAAAAUAUAAAAUUGGAGGCUGGUAUCCAUAAGCAUAGCAUGGAUUCACCUCAUGAGACAGUUUUACCUGCUGGGAUGCACAAUAAACGUGGGAGUUCUAAAGUAAAUCGACAUUGGAGAAAUAUUUUGGAAACCAUGCUCCACUAUCAGGAUGGGAGUGGUGGUGGUGUCAUUUGGAGUUGCAUUCGAGAUGCACUUGCAUCAACUUCUUUCCCUUCUAAUCGAAACUUUAAAAUGAAUGGCGUCACAGAUGACACAACACAACAGAAGGAUGAAUCUGAAGGCUGUUUUGCGGCACAAGGUCAAUGUCAAAGGCUUGAGAAAUCUGGAGAUGUUUUGUCGCAAGUGUCAGAAACUUCCACCCAUUAUCUGCACACACAUAACCGAACUCUGAAGUGCGCCAAUGUGUUCCGAGAGAUUUUACUUUCAGAGAAAUUUGCUCUCUUAUGUGAUUUGCUUCAAGGGAAUUUCCAUGAUGUCAAGUUAAAUGGCGUAUUUGAUCUGAGCAUGAUCAACUCACGAAUGGGAAGUGGCUAUUAUGAACAGUUUCCCGAGUUUUUUGAUCAAGAUAUUCAACUGGUGUGGAGAAAAUUGCAAAAAAUUGGUGACAACAUGGUUUCUCUUGCAAGUUGUCUUUCAGGCAUUUCACGGACAUUGUACAAGAAACAGGUUGGAGAAGACCUGGCUUGUGAGAAUGCUGAGCAGAAAUUUGAGGUAUCCAAACAAGUUGCACAGCAAAAUAACACCAUUGAUUCCCAUUGCAUUGCAUCAGAAUUUCCUUGUGAAUUGUAUCAUUCUGCCAAACCAGAUCAAACAAAGAACUCCUCUGUGGUCAGGGCUAGCACUAGUGAACAUUGUGGCGAUGAAGCAGAUGGCAAGCAAUGCAUGACCUCUGAUGGUUGUGAACCAAUAAGCCAUUUCAUUCACGGUGAACUUGCUACUGAUGCGGUGCCCCAUUCGAAGUUGGCAUUGUGCUUCCUGUUCCUAACAGGUGUUUCACAUGUGAACGAACCCAAACCAGGACUGGAGGAGAUAACCUGCAUGGAGAAUGUGAAGUAUGUAAAAGACUUGAAGUUUCCUGGAUCACCAGAAGAUCUUAUUGAUAAUGGUAGAGAAACCACAGAAUUUGAUGAAUCCAGAGAGAGUUCAAUUUCUAGGUUGGAGCCUGCUGAGCAACGACAGGUUCCAAUGGCUGCCAUCUCAAGCCUGUGCAAACUGUGUGGAACCUAUGAGGAUGAUGACAGAAGAUUUCUUGUUUGCGGAAACCCACUCUGCCCUUACAAGUACUAUCACAUCAGCUGCCUGAAGAGUAAUCGGGUAACCAUCCACAAGCAAAGUUCGCGUUGCUGGUACUGUCCAUCCUGCCUCUGCAGGGUUUGCCUUUCUGAUAAAGAUGAUGAUAUGAUUGUCAUGUGUGAUGGUUGUGAUGAAGCGUAUCACACUUACUGCAUGAGGCCUCCUUGCACUGCCAUCCCAAGCGGCAAGUGGUACUGUGUGGCCUGCCAUGUGGUGAGAGCAAGGCAAGGUAUGAGAAGAUAUGAGCGGAGGAUCCUACAGCAGCAUGCCAAUAGUGAUGUCUGGAAAGCCAUUGGAGCAAAUAAGUCCGUGGACAUGCUGUUGAGGGCUGCUGAGAAGUUGAGCUCAGAAGAGAGCUUGGCAGCAGGGAAGAAAGAUAAAUAGUUAGGAUGCCAUGCCUAUUCAGAAGCUGCUCGACUUUAUCCAGAGAGUUUUGCUGUUUGUAAGGACUGAUCUAGAACUGGAGAGAACUGUAUGUGGUUGUUCUUCCUUGAAUCAAUAUCUAGGAAAGGCAGAUGUUUGUGUAUAUUAUUAUGGUUUUAAAUGAAAUUUCCCUAACACUGUGUGGUGUGAUUUCACAAGGAAGAGGAACACCCAUUUCCUUGUUAAUGAUCAGUGAUUAAUAUCGCCAGAUUGAGCAUUGUGAGACUGGAAGCCCAGUUUUCAUGUGUACUGCUCCUCUGACUUGAAUCCUCCAAAUACUGAACAAAGAUCAGUGAACGACAGAGAUGCCGAGCCUCAAGGAAAGAACUCAAAUAACACAAACAACGAAUGGUCAUGAGCAGCCAAUGUCUUGUUUCCUACAGCCAGAGAACAGAGUCCCACUGAAGAGAGGCCUGAUUGAGAAGAUGAUAUUCACAUCCAUGGUGUCCUUUUUGGCUUCUUUUCUGGGAUAAUGUCGCAUUUGAGCAGUACCAUCCAAGAUAUGUGCAAUUCAAGAAAAAUGAUCUUAUUCAUGGUGAAAUUUGUGAAUUCUUGUUUGUGCUGGAUUUUGCUUGAUCUUCAAACUUUUUUUUUUCCUUUGGUAAUUCCUUGGCCAAAUGAUGAAAUGUUGGUUUGAAAUCUAUUCAUACUUAAAUGAUUCACAAUUUCAGUUUUGUUAUCAGAAAGAUUUCUUAUAAAGAAAUUUACAAAUUAUUGGUUUGGCUUUUUGGU